AUGACAUGCAAUAUUAUUGUCAGUCGUCAAGAAUCUGAAACUUUGUCACAACAAAAUGUUCCGUCUAGCAAAAAUGUCGAAGUAAUUAGUCGUAAUAUAAAUCUUGAAGAUUUUACUGUUAUUUGGCUUGAUGCUAGCGUUAAUAAAUCGGAAGACUGUCUAAAUACUACAGCGCAAUUACGCAGCGUUAUUAAUUAUAUAAAAACGUUUGAUAAGAUGGAUGAAUGUAUUGACUGUAUAUACGAAUAUUAUACAGAGAAAAUAUUUUUUAUUAUCUCUGGUGCGCUUGGUGAACAAUUGGUGCCAGAUAUACAUGACCUCCAACAAAUUCAGUACAUAUAUAUAUAUUGUUUAAAUAAAGAUAAACAUGAACAAUGGGUGUCGAAUUAUCCUAAGAUUCAAGGUGUAUUUACUGAUAGAAAUACUUUAUGUUCUACAUUAAAACAAAAUGUUAUUGAACAAACAAGAAAUGCUGAUGUAAUUGAAAAUUCACUGCGUAAUUUAAAUGAAAACAGUGCCUCGUUAUUAUGGUUUGAAGCACUUUUAGAAGUUCUUAUUCGAAUGGAAUAUGGUAACAACGAUAAAGCAGAUAUGAUUGAACAAUGCCGCUCGUACUAUGCUGAUAACGAAUCAGUACUAAAAAAUAUUGACGAAUUUGAUCAAUGUUAUAAGUCUGAAAAUGCCAUUUCUUGGUAUACACGUAAUUCAUUUGUUUUUCGACUGUUGAACAAAGCAUUUCGAACAGAAAAUAUUGAUAUUGUAUUUAUUUUUCGUUUUUUCGUCAAAGACUUAUACAAACAAUUAAAAGUAUUACACGAAGAUUUUUUAAAAAUUUUGCAAGAAUCGGAAGUAUCUAAUAUUAUUGUCUAUCGUGGACAAUUUAUGGUUAGUAAUGAAUUGCAGUUGCUCAAGGAAAAUAUUAAUGGUCUUGUUUCAAUGAACACAUUCGUAUCGACAUCAAUGGAUAAGGAAGUGGCUGAAAUAUAUGCUGGUGAUGGUUCACGUAGACCACAGUUCGAAUCUGUUCUAUUUGAAAUCAAUAUUGAUAUGACCAUUCUCACCAAACCUCUGGCAAAUAUACAAGAACAUAGUUAUUUUAAAGAUGAAAAUGAAAUACUCUUGCCAGUGGGAUCACAGUUUCAAAUUAUGUCUAUCGAAAACAUUAAUAAUAACAUAUGGUAUAUACACUUAAUAUCAGUUAAUGAGACUGAUACUAAAAUAAAAAAAUUGAAUUACUAUCUAAAAGACGCAAUUGGUGAUGAGCCGACAAUGAAAAAAUUUAUCUAUAUUUUGGAAUUAAUGGGGGAUGUGGCUAUAGUAGAAAGAUAUAAAACAUUCUUACAAAUUGAAAACAGCAAAGCAACUAUAGAAGAGCUGGAAGAAAUGCUAAGAGAUACUGAUAGUCUUAAUAAUAAUACAUGUACAAUAUUAUUUGAUAAAAUAGCUGAAAAAUAUUUUAGAAAUAAUGCAGAACUUGCAUUUGAAAUUAUUCACAAUCUUUUGCCAUUUGGUCAUCCUGAUAUAUUAACAGUAUAUGUAUGGAUCGGAGAUCUGAACAAAAAAAAUGCUAAUUAUCAAGCUACUUUAACUUAUUAUAACAAAGCAAUUGAAUUAGCGCUUUUAUAUUUACCACCAGAUAGUACCUAUGUUGCAAAAAUUUAUGCUUCAAUGGCAUUUGUCUAUGCAAAAUUAGAUGAUAAAGAUCAAGCACUUUCAUUAUUGAAGAAAGCAAUCGAUAUUCCUUUGCUUAGUUCAACAUAUUUAACAAGUUAUUUAAGACCAAAUGAUUUAUUUGAUACUCUUAGACUAACAGAUAAAUUUAAUAUUGACGACGUGUUGGAUUUGAGACAGAAUUAUGAAGCAGCCAUAAAAGCAUAUGAAAAAGCACUGAUCCUGAUGGAACAGGAUGAUAAAUCAUUAUUCAACAACUAUGAUCUCAAAGCACAAAUUUAUUAUUUUAUUGCAAAUCUCUAUUGUAAACAAGAAGACGAAACUCGUGCAUUAAUAAAUUUUCUCGAAGCUAUUGAAAUGUACACUUGUUCACAAAAUUUCAAAGAAAUGGCAGUUUGCUAUAUAAAAAGAGCACAAAUAUUCUAUUCUCUAAACAAUAUUGAAGAAGCUUUAAUAANAAAGAUUAAAUUAAAUUAA